CCAAACGUCACGCAAUUUCAAGUCGCAAAACGUCAUUAUUAUUAAUUUCAUGUGUAUUGUUUUUAUUGCGAUUUUUGUAUUCAAAGACGCAAAUAAUUAAAAGCGAAGGCAUAUAAUAGUUCAUUUGUAACGAAACAUUAAGAGUUAUGUGUAUUUAAGUUGAGAAAAAUCGAAAUCUGUGACGUUUCCGCCCUAUUGCAACAAAGAAACAAAAAGGUCUUUUUUUACGUCGAUUACUGAAUUUUCAAUCGACUUUGAACUAUAAAAUGGAUUAUGUGGCUGCAUUAAAGAUUCUAGUUAUUGGAGAAAGUGGUGUCGGCAAGUCUAGCAUCAUCCUAGCAUUCACAACCGGUGACUACAAUGCAUCAUUCCCAGCCACAAUCGGAGUGGACUAUAAAUGCAAGGUGAUGGAGGUGAACGGAAUGAAGGUUAAACUUGGCAUUUGGGACACCGCAGGGCAGGAACGGUAUAGGACAUUGACAAAUAGUUUUUACAGAGAAGCACAUGGAGCAAUUUUAGUGUAUGAUGUCUCAGAACCAAAAACUUUACAAAAGCUAAAUGAAUGGGUUGAUGAACUACAGGUAUACACAACAAAGAAAAAUAUUGUCUGUCUAGUUGUUGGGAACAAAAUUGACAAGCCACGAGCGGUACCUAGAGAAGCAGGCCAGGCAUUUGCACAAAAACACAGAAUGCUCUUCAUAGAAAGCAGUGCGAAGACUCAGGAGGGUAUCAAUUUGGCAUUUGAAGAGUUAGUGCAAAAGAUCAUAGAAACGCCAGGUCUCUGGGAGAGUACCGGAUCGUCUUCAAACAUUCGCGUAGCAAGUGAGGAAGGGAGACAACAGGAGGAAUCUUGCUAUGGCUCCUGUUCUAUUUAAUUUUACACACUGUAUAGACAUCGACACAUACCUUUGAUUAUAUUAUAAUACAUUAUUUUCAAAUCAUGAUUAAUGUUGUAUAUCAUUUUUAUAUGUAUGUUGGCUACCCAAUCUAGACAUGAAUGAGUAACUUUAUAUCCAAAACAAUGAUCAAGUGUGUAAAGUUAAGCAACAUGGGUAAGGUUCCUAAAACCUUUUGCUAAAACUUUGGCGGUCAUUAUUCCUUAAACAGUAGUUUUUCAAAAAAACUGUCUAAGAAACCUAUUAAUGAUUUGAAAUGCCUAUUUAAACUAGAUAUCUUCUAUAGGGUAAACACUAAUUUCGAGACAAAUCCGUACGCUUGUGUAUGUGACACGCAUGCGCGUAGCGGCAGAAAUACUGCCGCGUUGCAUCUUUGGAUGAAACAGCAUCUAUGAGUAUGAAAUAUUGCGGCCCAGUCUAUUAGAAGUCAAAAUUGCAACAAUUUUUUCAUGAAGUGUCUGUCGAUAGCUAUACAAUUACAAUAAUUGGUUAUUGGACGUAGUUAUGAAUGAUAGGACUCCACAUCAAAGCCAUAGAAAUAACUUGUACCAUACCUGUAACUUUUGAUACUAAACCAAUAGGGAAUAGAAAGAAAAUCAUUAGUACAAUAAUUAUUAUUACCAAUACUAUAACGAUAAUAUCCUAAAACUUAAUUUGUGUGAAUUUAAAUUAAAUUGGCUCUGUUUUGCAUAACGAUGUCCAGUUUUAUUGAAGUGUGAAAUAAGUUUUGCGUUUGUGUAAGUACUCAGUACACACCUCAGUGAAAAUUUUACUUAGUUGUCUAGAUUUAUAAAUUUUCUUUUAGAGAGAGAAGCUUUAGACCUCAAAUACAAAUCAUAAUACUUGCACAAACGUAUAAACUUAUAAAUUUUUAAAUCAACUUUAUACAUUACCAUUUUAUAUUAUAAAGGUUGGCUAAAAAUAAUUGGUAAAAAUAAAAAUCACACUCUCUUGUUCUAUUAUUACUGUUGUGAGUAGGAUGGCACUUCAUAUAGGCUUCACAAUUUAGUUUAUUAUUUGUGUAGCUUUAAAAAUAGCGCAAUUGUUUUUUAACCCUAAAGUAAUUAUUAGAUACAUGCAUUAAAAUAAUUUUUUUCUUUCAAUAUAAAGCCUACUUUAAAAACAAUAUAAUAAAGGUACAGAUAGCAUAUCAAAUAAUUUUAUCUGUACCAAGUUAUCAUUUUAAAUUAAAUAAAAGCCAACCUUAUUGUGCGAUAUGAUAUUGUGAUACUUUAUAAAGUCUGCUUUUGUAAAUAUAUUUAAACUUCUUAUGUAGCUACCAAUCUAAAAGUAGUUAAUAUGUUACCAAUUUCCUACUUCUUAUUGUUAAGUAGAAAUACAUAACAUUAAAGAAAAAUCACAACUAUUUUUAUAUGUUAAUAACAAAUUAGUAUCAGCUGUUACUCUUGUAAGUACCAUUUGGCGAUCACAAAUUAAUUUACUGUCAAUAGUUUCAUGGUCUUAAAUUAUAUUAUUGUCAGAUAGCUCAAUUCCAAACUGUUAGGCCUCAUUCGCACGAGAGCUUUUUUAACGUCCGUUAAAAAAACGUUCAAAUAGAACAAAAAUUCAUUCUCAAGUAUCUGUUCACACGUCAACGCUUUUUUAACGCGUACUUUGUAUUUUCAGCGCAACGCUUUUUUAACGCUCGUGCGAAUUAGGGCUAACAAUUCAAAAACAAGUUCAUAUGAGAGAAUCAGAAAAUUAAAUGACUAUGAUACUUUUGCCAGUGCAUCAUUAUUAUCUUUUUUUUUGUAUGUUGAAUGGUUUUAAGUAAGCACCUUAAUGCAAAGGCAACUUUAUAGCGUUUAAAAAGAAGCUCAAGCUUUUUACGCCUAAAAUGAAUAAUCUAUUUGUGAUCUUUCGAUAUGUUACAACCAACGUUUUUUCCAAAAAAGUACCUACGUCAUAUUUUCGACAAAUGAUACGUUUGUAUGGGUACUUUUAGACAGAACUCAGAUAAUUCAAUUUAACAAUUUGUACAGUCCUACCUGACGCGACAAUACUAUUAAUUUUUUUUUUUUUUUUUGGGUCAGUCAUUUUAUUCUUGGGAUGUAUGUAUAUAAUUUUAUUUUGUGUUGUGACGCUAUAAUGCUAUUGUGUUCGUUUUGUAAUAUAUUUUUUAUGAAUUUGAAAUGUUUAUUAUGAGGUUUACAAUAGGACCAAAAUGUGCAAAUAAAGUGCUGUUUAGCUAA